UUGGCAGAGGUUUCCCCUUUAGAUACGCAACCCCAAAUCUGUCUGUUCUCCUUCCAUUGCUGCAGCCUUCGAUCUCUUGAAUUUUCCUUGAUCGCUCUAUCGUUUUCCUUGAAUUUCUUGUUUUUUGUUUUUGUUGGUUGUUUCUUUUUCUCUGCAUGGUUUCUGCAGGUUGGUUUUGUGAAUUUAGUUAGAUUAGUAUGAGUAAUACAAUGAGGCCAAGGAGCAAGGUCAUGUUGUAUUUGGCUUAUGACAGAGGUUGAUUGAAUUAUAUACACAACCCCACUUCAUUUUUCCUUCUGAUCACAUGUUAAUUCUUUGAUCUUUGUUAAUUCAUGGGGGGAGGUGUUGUGUGUGUUUUUUAAGCCCAACAUCCAUACUUUCUUUUUCCUUUUCAUCUGUAUUAAUUCCUUGUACAAUUCUCCCUACAUAUACUCAAGUUUUAUGCUUGUUUAAUAUUAAUGGGUCUGAUCAAGAAGACAUGGAACAGAUGCAAAUCCUUCAGCCACGGCAGGAGUUCAGAGAAUAUCCCCCGAGCUCCCAAGAAAAGCAAGUCAUGGCCUCGCAUCACCGUCGCCGCGGCCGCCGCCUCGCUUGAAGAUGAUAAGCGCGUAAAGAAAGGGCGGGUUGCGCCAGAAGGUUGCUUCUCAGUCUACGUAGGACCUGAGAAACAAAAGUUUGUGAUAAAAACGGAGUACGCCAAUCAUCCUCUCUUCAAAAUUCUCCUCGAAGAGGCCGAGCUAGAAUAUGGGUACAACAGCGAAGGCCCUCUUGCCCUCCCAUGCAACGUCGAGAUUUUUCACAAAGUGUUACUGGAAAUGGACAGUUCUGAUAAGAUUCAUCAGGGAUGCACCUUCCCUAGGAGCCAUAGCUCUUAUCGCCUUCUCAGCCCAUCUCCAAUGAUCGCCAUGAAUCACUUCUAAAUCACAUGGUUUCUGGACUUUGUUCUUUAUAUGUGCUUUAGAUAUAUAGUUCAAUUACACAUAUAUGUGGGAUCUAACAAAAAUCUCUCUUGUUACUAUAAGUAUUGUGUGCAAAGAAGAAGCAGAUCAGUAGGCUGUGUAAUGUAUUUGCUUUGGUACAAUAAUAGCUGUUUAUCAGCUUUGGUUUUGAAUAUUCUUUAAUUUGCCUUGUUUUGUA